AUGGGUUCCAUCGCCCCCGACGUGCCAACCUUCACUCCGCUCGAACUCAUUGGCCCCCGAGGCUACAUGCGAUACGUGUUCACCUUCCCCCUGGGCGAAGACUACGUGCUGGAAGAUGUGUCCAGAGUCCUGAGGGCCGGCUACGAUGCCGCAGCCCAGCGCCUCCCUAUUCUAGCCUGCGAGGCCAUCCCCGACCCGACCGCCAGGCAGGACAGUGUAAUGAAACUGCAGAUGCUAGGGCCCAACGCAGAAGAGGCUAUCCUCGUAAAAGACCUACGAACGCAAGAAACGAUUCCAAGCUAUGUCAAACUCAAAGCCCGACAAUUUCCCGUGGACGCCUUCGACGCCGACUCAAUGUGCCGCCGUGACAUCUGGCCAACAGACCCAGGAGAGCACCUACCCAUCUCGCUCGUCCAAGCCAACUUCAUCCGCGGCGGACUGAUUCUAACGUGGUGUAUCCUGCAUAUGGCCGGCGACGGCACCUCAUUCCAAACCUGGAUUCAGAUCUGGGCGGAGGAGUGCCGUCGCGCACAGGGACUGAAAAUAACAGAUCCUGUCGUACUCCCGCUGGCCAUUUUCACAGACCGUGAGAAAGUCAUGCGCUCUUCGGGGCGUAACUCAGGCCGAAUAGAAGACCACCCCGAAUACGUCGUCCUCCCGUCCAAGCCACCCGAAGGCCUGCCGCCGAAGAUGCUGGCCAAAAACCACCGGGCUCAAGUCUUCUAUUUCUCCCCGGAGGCACUGGCGGCGUUAAAGAAGGAAGCAUCACCAAAGAACACCUCGGCACCGACAGACGUGCCGUGGAUAUCGACCAACGAUGCCCUUUCAGCAUUGCUCUGGCGAACGGUGAUGGCCGUCCAGUGGCCGCUAGAAACCCUAGAUAGUGUCAACGAGGAGCAAGAAUCAUUCUUCAACAUCGCCCUGAACGGCCGGUUACGGACUGAUCCUCCAGUCCACCCGAACACGCUUGGCUGUUUUCUGGAAUAUAUCGGUGUGUCAAUGCCCGUGCGCAAGAUGCUCACUUCCGCCCACUUGGCCGAUCUAGCUGUCUUGGUCCGGAAGGCAUUGCACCGCGUGAGCGACCAGCACACGGAUGACGUGAUUUCUUUAAUCGAGCAGCUCGACGAUAUCAGGAAGAUUUUCCCGGCGUCGCUGGUUGAUCUACCUGGGUUUAAUUGCAUGUUGACUUCGUGGGUUGACUUUGCAUUGUAUGAUCUAGAUUGGGGUACGUUGUUGGGAGGACAUAUUGAGUCAGUGCGGGCGCCGCAUGUUGGGGUUAUCAAUGGGUUACAGGUGGUGUUGCCGAAUCCGCGGGAGGGAGGGAUGGAGGUUCUGGUUGGGGUGGCGGAUGGAUGUUUGGAGAGACUGCUUAAUGAUCCACUGUGGAUGAAGUAUGCCGUGGCGCGGUGA